CCCUCGUCUCUCCCUCUCUGUUAAUUCUUUUUGCUGAAGCUUUUGAUUUUUUUUUGGGUUCCUUUGGUUCUGGGUUGCUUCUCUCCCUCCCUGGUUACUCUCUCUCUUUCUCUACUAAUUCCUUUUGCUGGAGCUUUUGAUUUUUUUUGGUUCUUUUUGUUGGAGUUUUGAUUUUUUCUGGGUUGGUUGUGGGUGUUAUGGAAUGUUGCAGACUUGCAGUUGAUGAUUUGGUGUAACGGCGUGAGUUUUAUAAGACAAGAGUUAUAUUUUUAUUAAAACUGUACCGUUUAGUAAAGAGACUUACUUAUACUAAAUCCAAAACGGUGUAGUUUAGGAUAAUCGCAUCUAUGCGGUACCGCAUAGAAGCCGGAUCCUGUACGGACUAGAUCGAGAAGAGCGGGUGUUCCAACGAGGACACGAAUUUUUAAUAUUUUAAUAUGCUUAAAUAAUUGUCGUAAAAAACCACUUAUCGCGGCGACUCACCACUAUUACCACCACCGCCACAUUUGAGUUAGUUAUUUCAUUUCAAAAUCUUUCACACUCGCCGCUAUACGUAGCUCUUCGUUCACUCUCAAAUCCUUUUUGAACCCGAGCUCUCGUGCACUUCUGAUCUCAGUGUUCACUUUGUGAAUCUAUUUCCGGUGAUAAGGAUUGUAUUGAAACGAUUAGCUUCAAUUGAAUUUGUGGGUUUUGGUUGGUGGAUUUGAAAUAAUGGGAUGUUUGUAUUAUUGUACAGUUAAUCGGUCAGAUUUGUACAAUAAAUUUAUUCUGUUCAUGAGAUUUGUUUUCACUGCCCUUUAUACAUAGAAGAAAGAUUGGUAAGAUUAUUGCUCACCCCAGUACUUGUUGGUCGGGUUUGUCCAUUUUAAUUUUUUUCCACGGCAGCCGUGUCGGCUACAGCCUCAGGAUUGAGCGGAGGUUCGUGAUGACAUAGUCUUAUGAUGAUUUAUUUUUGAAAUAGUCUGUUUGGAUAUGCUAGCAAGUGUAAAACUUUUGUGCAGGCUGCUGAGGGCAACCACAUUGCAGUUUGGCUUGUUAACAAUCAUUAGUUGAGCUUGCAGUGUGAAGAAUGAUAUAUUUGUAAAUUUUAAUUAAAACUUUCAUCUAAAUUGCUAGGAGCUGUUUACAUUUUUUUCUUCUAGAUUUUCAGUGACUACUUAGUCCCUACUUGGUUGUAUUAAUUAGUUUACAUGCUUCAUAGUUGAGCCUGAUUUAAUGUGGACUGAUAAAGACAGCUGCUUGGUUGGCAGAAUGGAUUCAGAUUCUGUUGACUCAUCAUCUCAACCUACUGUUAAAGCCUCUGAAGUUGAACAUUCUACUGUUGCUGUCUCUCAGCAAGAUGAUAAUGCACAUCAAACUCCAUAUGUUUCAUCUCCUCCUGGCAUAUCAUCUUGGGCUAGAAGUUUGAAAUUUCCAGAGUCCUUGGGAGCAGCACAAGAGGACUCACAGAAUGAAAAUACUGGGAUGUCAACAUUUGCACGUUUCACUAGCGGGUUAGGGUUGCGGAUGCCUCCAAUGGCACCUGCACCAGAUGAGAGUAAUGAAGGAAGGACAGCAACUGCCCAAUCUGGUGUUUUUGAAUCAUUCACAAAAGGGUUAGUUGACUCAUCUCGGACUGCAGUAAAGGCUAUGCAGGUCAAAGCACGUCAUAUUGUGUCUCAAAACAAACGAAGAUACCAGGAGGGAGGAUUUGAUUUGGAUAUGACAUAUAUCACCGAGAAUAUAAUUGCUAUGGGGUUCCCUGCUGGUGAUAUAAGCUCUGGGCUUUUUGGAUAUUUCGAGGGAUUUUAUCGAAAUCAUAUGGAAGAAGUGCUUAAGUUUUUUGAAACUCAUCACAAGGGAAAAUACAAAGUCUACAAUCUUUGCUCGGAGAGGUUGUAUGAUGCAUCACUAUUUGAGGGGAAGGUUGCAAGUUUCCCAUUUGAGGACCAUAAUUGCCCCCCUAUCCAACUCAUAAAAUCAUUUUGUCAAAGUGCAUAUUCAUGGUUGAAGGAGGACAUUGAGAAUGUUGUUGUUGUUCACUGUAAAGCUGGUAUGGCAAGGACUGGAGUGAUGAUUUGUAGCCUUCUCUUGUUCCUUAAGUUCUUCCCAACAGCCAAUGAGGCUAUUGAUUACUACAACCAGAAAAGAUGCAUUGAUGGGAAGGCUAUGGUUCUCCCAAGUCAGAUUAGGUAUGUCAAAUACUUUGAGCGUGUCUUAACAUACUUCAAUGGAGAAAUUCAGCCUGGACGUAGGUGCAUGCUUAGGGGAUUUCGGCUACUCAGGUGUCCUUAUUGGGUCAGGCCCUCCAUUACCAUCUCUAAUCAUAAUGGGAUUCUGUUCUCAACAAGAAAGCAUCCAAGAACAAAGGACCUAAUGCCAGAAGAUUUCUGGAUUGGUGCACCAAAGAAAGGGAUUGUGGUCUUUGCUCUACCAGGAGAGCCUGGUCUGACCGAGUUGGUGGGGGACUUUAAAAUCCAUUUUCAUGAUGGCCAAGGAGAUUUCUAUUGUUGGUUGAAUACAACAAUGACGGAAAACAGAAAAAUUUUAAACACUUCAGAUUUGGAUGGUUUCGACAAGAGAAAAUUGCCUUCUCCAGGAUUCCAGGUUGAAGUUGUGAUGAUCGAUUAUGAUGGCACUUUACCAAUGAGAUCAAAAGCUGAUUAUGCCAACAAGCAAUCUGAUAGUUGCUCAGGUCGCGUUCCUACUUCAAGUACUGGGGUUGCAGCUAAUUCCAACAGAAAUAAGGUCUCUCGGAGUGAAGACAAUGACGAUGUAUUCUCAGAUAGCGAGGGAGAGGAGACUGGGGAUUCAAGGAGCAGGCAAGCUCAAGCUACUUCGGAAGCCGGACCUGCUGCAACUGGUCAUGUAUCCAGUGAGACAGCAGAGAAAAUUGGGAGUUUGACUCAUAGAACUGAUCACCUGUCACUCAGGAGCCAGGAACAUGCACAAAGUAUUGCUUCCAAAGAAACAACUACUGAUGGAGCUGGGAAACCUUCCUCGGGCAUUGAGACCCCUAACCUUGACUCAGCAGGGGCAAGUGAUAUCAAGGCAAUUGCUGCCGAUGCUUCAGUAUUCAGUUUUGGGGAUGAAGAAGAUUUUGAAAGUGAUUGAAAGCAGUAUUGAGUUUCGCUCCGGGCUGUAACUCGAUCAAUAGUACUUGUAUAUACACCAUUUUAAACAAAUGACAAGAUGGAAUUGGUGAAUAUCAGUGGCAGCGGAUAUUGGUUGAAUUCGUUUUUUCUCUGUAUUUCUGUUCAUUCCGAACACCUCGUAAUAUGAUUUUGCCAAGUUUCCUUUUA